AUGUAAUAGAAAAGAUUAUCAUCUGUUGACAAAAAUUUUAUGUCUUCACUACGGAAAUACGAAGAAUAUCCUUCAUAAAAGUAAAUGAAUGCUUAAAAAAAAGAAAUAUUAUUAUAAGAGCAAUAAUUAUUGAUUUAAGACAUUCAAGCUAAUAUUUCAGACUUAGAACUUGGAAAUUAUGUGAAAUGCUUUACAAGUAUAAAUUUAAUGUUUAAUGAUCCAAAUUAUUGUCUUCGUAAACAUAUUUCUUUUUAAUUAUUUGUACCUGAAGAAAAAGAUUUCAUUGGAUUUACACUAUUGAACUAAAAGGAAAUUUGGAUUUUAUUAUUACUAUACUUUGAUAUAGUGAAUUAGGAUAAGAAUUAAUAUGCUAUUUAUCUUUGGUAAAGCAUAAUUAAGAAAAUGUCUGAAUUUUUAAAUUAUGAACUAAGAGAAGAAGUAAUAAAUAAAGUCAAACUUUAUAUUUAAAGGUCUAAAAUAGGAAAUAAUAUUAAUAAAUAAUAUAAUUAUAAAACAAAUCAUAAUUAUUAUCUUCAAGAGAAUGAUAAUUAAAAUAAAGAAGUGAAAGAGAUUAAUGAUAAUUUUAAGGAAAUUUGUUUUGAUAAAUCUAAUAUAGCAACAUUAUCUGAUAAUUCAAUAAUUGAAAGAAGUUAGGUUUUAGAAUAAAAUAUAAUAAUAAUAUAUGAUUAAGUUGAUUCAGCAACAAAUGAUGAUGUAUCUAAUUAUGGUCCAAAUAAUAGUUCACUUGAUUUGAAUAAUGAUUUUGUAGAAAUUACUUAUCAUAAUUCUAAUCCUAAUGAUUUUCAAAUACCAGAUAUUUCAUUUUAAUAGUAAUCAUAGACAGAAGAUUUAAUAAAGAAUUCUACAUAAAUAGAUUAAACAAAUAAUUAAGUUGAGAUUUCUUUAAUAGCAUAAAUGGAAUAAUUAGGUUUAUAAGAUAUAUAACAAGGUGAUCAAUUAAAUAAUGCUAUUAUUUUAGAUAAUGAUGAUGAUAUUCAAGAUAGUUGUCAAAAUUUAGAAUUAGAAUCAAUCAGUUAGACUUCACUUGAAAAUGUCAAAAUUUAAGAAUCAUCAAUUUAUUAGUAGAAAUUUUAAGAAGAAAAUAAAUUAACAGAGCAUCUUGAUGAUAAUAAAAGUAUUAAGAAUUAUUAAAUAAGUAUUUCAGAUUUUGAAUAAAUCAAUUAUGAUUCAAUAUAAAAUAUUGAUUAAUUUUGUAAGAAAUCUCAUGAAACUCCUCAAUUUUCUAUGAAUUAAUAGUGUAUUAAUGAAUGGAUAAAUUUAGAAUAAAAGAAUACAAUAUAAUAAUAAGAAGAACAUUAAGAAAUGUAAUUUUUAAAUUAUGAUGAACUUUUGGCACAUGAUUAGGCUAAAUAGAUUUUAAAAAAAGAUUUAGAAUAAUUAGAAAAUGAUUUAGAUAAUUAAGAUGAUAUAGAUAAUUAUAAUAAUUUAAUUGAAACUAAGUAGUAAGAAUAUGAAAGAAAAAAGAAUUAAUAAUAUAUUGAAUAAUAGGAUAUAAUAAAAGUUGAAUUUUAAUAAUCUUUAGAUAUAGUUAAUUCAUAGAAAAAGACUAUUGAAGAUUAUUUUAAACCUAAAAGUAAAAAUGAGACAAAAGAUUCUAUUACAUUAGAUGAAGAAUAUGUUUAAUAAGAUGAAUUUCAAUAUACUUCAUAGAAUUAGAAAAAGAAAUAAAGUAGAAUAAGUAAAAUUAUGUAAUAAUCAAAUGCAAAUUCGUAAUUAGAUAAUGCAUUUGAAUAUGAUAUAUCUGCAUAAUAAUAAUAAAAGUAGCAUAAUAAUUUAGAAUAAUCACAUGAUCUUGAAUCUUAAUAAUUAUCAUAUAAUAAAAAGAAACGAUCUCCUUAUCUUGAUAAAUAAUAUGAUUAAAAUUUUAUGGAUAAACAUGGAUCAGGAUAUAGAUUUGAGAUUUAAAAGGCACCAUAAAGAUUAAAAGAAAAAUAUUAAGUUGAAGAAAUAUUAGUCCCAAAAAGAUCAAGUAAAAGAAUUUAAUAUCCUCAAAAAAGUGAUUUAGAAAUAUCUAAAAUGAUUAUUGCUAAUAAUGAUAUCUUGAAUUAUUUUACUCCUGCAGAUCUCUAAUCUUAAUAAAUAUCUGAAGAAAUCAAUAAUAGAAUACAUCCUAUAACAUAUUUUCAUUAACUUAAUAAGAAUGAUAAAAAUUAAAUAAUAGUUGUAAGUUAUUUAAAUAUAUAUUCUAGUUAUCAAAAAACUAAGAACAUUUUAUUGAUGAUAUUGUUGAGAUAGAGAUUUGUAUUGAAAAUAUAAAUGAUAAUGAGAGUCAUAAUAUAGUUAAGGUAAUAUAAAUAAUUAAUUAGAUUUUAAGGGGAUAAUUAAAUGGACUGAUUGCUUUAGCCUAAAUAAAAAAAUAAAAUUCUGAAUAAAUUAUCUUUGAGGAUUACAAUUUCUACAAUAAUUAUCUUCACUUUCAUCAUAAACAAUCAUAGGCUAUCUAUUUACCAUUAGGCAGCUAUUUAAUUAAUUAAAAUUGA